AUGUCUUCAUCCAUUGUUAGUAAAAUCUGUUAUUUAGCUCUUAUAAUCUCCACUUACUUCUUGCAAAAAUCAUUUGCAGCUGACCCUCUUGGCUACUCCUGCAUAAACCCGCAAAAUUUCUCAUCACAUUCUUCUUAUGAACUCGACCUCAACAAGCUUACGGGCCUUAUCGACUACUUAACCCAACCCACCGGCUAUGCACAAGCCUCGGUAGGCCAAGCAUACGGGCUCGGGCUUUGUCGAGGAGAUGUAUCGUCAUUUGAUUGCUUGGCGUGCAUUUCAGAAGCCAGUAUCCAAACCCGAAAACUUUGUCCUGCAAAUAAAGGAGCUGUUAUAUGGUAUGAUUAUUGCAUGUUCAAGUACCUUGACCAAAAUUUUUUGGGUCGAAUAGAUGAAAGUGUGGUCAUUUACCUUUCAAAUAUUCAUAAUGUGACUAAUAAUCAAUUGUUUAAGAAGAAAAACAAUGAGUUAUUAAGUAAAUUGUCUAAAGAGGCAGCAAUUAGUCCUAAAAGGUAUGCAAAUGGUGAAAUAGUUGUUGAUGGGAAUACUACAAUUUAUGGGUUGGCUCAAUGUACAAGGGAUCUUUCAAGCUAUGAGUGUAACAAGUGCCUUAAUGAUCAAAUCACAAAAAGAUUACCAAAUUGUUGUGAAGGAAAGGAAGGUGGGAGGGUUCUUAGUGGGAGUUGUAAUGUGAAGUAUGAAAUUUAUCCUUUUGUAAAAGGAGUUUAGGCCUAUUUAAGCAACAUGGAAACUCUAGCAUUAUAGAAAGUUAUAUGUUCCUUUAUUGUUUGUAGAUAGUAUUGAAUAAAGUAUAAUCUUUGUGAGCGAUUAUCUCUCACGUUGAUUAGUUUAGAAGUUACACAUUUGGGUGAGUUUCGGGUAUGAUAUUUCGUGUCGGGUGAAUUUAGGGUCUCAUUGUAUGUACAUGGCUACCAAUCUGAUUUGAUUUUAUAUGCGAUUUAUUGUCGAGUUGUUGUAACAUUUGGGAAUUUAUAUUGAGAA